AUGUCUCUCCCGAAAACUCCCUCCACGCGGAUAGGCUCGGCCUCGACCUCCGAGCGCACAAACUCAAAAGCGUCUGCAGCCAGGGAAGACUCAAGAGGACUUCCUGAGCUAAGGGAGAAAAAAAAUAUGGUGGAUCGUUCAAAACCCCUUCCUACUUCCCUGCAGAAUGAGUUCAUUCCUCAGGAAGUUCUUCUUUCUUUGACCUGUGCAGCUAAUGCUGGUCCUUGUCCUGAAAACUUACUGCCUCCUAAGAAAAUUAAAACCCCAAAGGAUACUCUUCCACGCUCUGCAGACCAUGUCUGGCAUAACCCUAUUAGAAGAAAUAAAUUUAAAUACCUGAUUGACCAUCCCGUCUCUUUAACAGGAGCUGGAAGGGACAUUUCUUUUUUGUAUGAUGUUAAAUAUGUAAGAGGGGAGACUAGGGAGAAUACAGUUUGUCCCCCGCAGUUGGACCGUUCGUUACAGCCACAUGACGGUGUCAUUGUGCCUCAUAAGCCAAAGACACUGACAGAUACUUUAAUUCCUGAAGAAUUUCAUAUUGUGUCCAAUACAGGAGUUUCAGGUUUGGAGUGUUACGAUGAGUGAGUACUAUGCUGCAUAGAAGAAUCUGAGAACAGUAUCCUCAUGUUCCCUUUUAGGAAACCCAAUAAAAGAGUAGAAGUGGUCAAGCUGAAUGAUGUGAUGGAUGCUAUGCUAGAGAGGGCUGGUACAGAAAUUCAGGAAUAUACAGGACCAACCAAGGUAAUUGCAAAGAUCAAGAGGUACGUACAAUUGCUUGACCAGAUUGCCCGGCAGAUGAUUGAUUUCUACAAAGACCUGGUGACUCAGCGAGUGAUGGACCAGCGCAUUUUAGAAGAACUGUGUAAUUUUAAGCAUGUUAUUGAGGAACUGACCAGAGAACUGUGUCUGGUUCGGGCACAUGAUGUGAAAUUAACAAAGGAAGUAGAGAAGGCCCACAGGGAUUUGGCACGAGCUCUUUUAGAUGCUGAAAAGAAUGCCAAAUUGGUGGUAAUUGAAAGAAACAGAGUCAUAUUGGCUAAAAGACUUUACCUUAAUGAAAAAGGCUGGAAUAAAUACACCAAGCAUUUCAUCAUACUGCUUUCAACUAAGGACACUGCAGACCUCGCCCUGUUGCAGAAGUUGAUGCAAAGAUGGAGAAGCUCGGUGAAUAAAUUUAAACAGGAAAUAGAACACACUGAAGAGACUACAAAGGAGACGCUGCAAAUGGUCAAGGACAGCCUCAUCAAAUGGCAGCAGUUCUUCAGGAAUCAUAAAUGGAUCCCAAAUUUAUCCCCUAAUAGGAGACAUACAUUCGAUUCAGUUCUUUUAGACUUCAAGCAGUGGCAAAAAGUAAGACUUUCUAUUAGUAAUGAACGGGCACUCCAAGAAAAUAUAUUUAACAUGAUGCAACAGUGGCUUUUGAAGAUAGGCAAUGAAAUUAACAAUGGUAACAUUGAACUUCAGCGCCACAUAGACGAGUUGCAUAUAGCUAUGAUCCAGUGGAUGGUAAAUUUGCUGAUCGUGAUGAUACCCGACUUUGCUGAUCAGGACACUCUUCCAAGGUCAGAGGAGGAAGGUGCCGAGAAGCAUGAUAUAGGAGUUGCACAGUUAGAGCUGGAUGCGAUUGCACUGACGAAAAAGCUGUCCCAGUACUCCAGCUAUCUGAGCAGUUGUUGCAAAGGGCUGGUAACUACAGUGACUCUGAAUAAAGCAUUUCACUCAGAAAAAGGUGCUGCUAAGGAACUUCAUGAGCUAGAUAGUAUGAAGAGAGAAUGUUAUGAAUGGAUCAACACAUGCUCUCACCUCCUUUCUGAUAUCAAAGGCAGAGAAAUAAAGUUGUUUACAUAUGAAGAAACAGAGCACCUACUUGGAGAAGAGGAAGCUAUAAAAUUAUUCAUUGAGCCUGAAAUAGACAUGUCUUUUAAAGAGGAUGAAGAGGAAAGUGAGGAGGAUAAGAAACUUAAGGAGAAAAAUGAAGAAGAGAAAGCAGAAGAUCAACUUCCAGCAUCUACAGAGAAGGAAAAACUCAUUCGAUUCAUUGGAGAAGACAAAAAUAUUCAUUCCAAGCCUCUACUACAUACAGAUGAGUUGUCUUCCUGGAGAAAAGAAGCUAGCCAAGGUACCUUGGCCCAAAAGUAUCUUGAAGCAAUGGCUGUAAUUGAAUACAUGCAAGACAAGUUAACGGAGGUCAAAAGCAGAGCCAGACAGGCAGAGGAGAAGUUUGAGGAUGCAAAUGAGAAACUCCAUUAUGCCCUUAUCAGAAAUAGCGAUCUGGAGAAGGAACUAGAGGAGAUAGCUGGGACAUCUAGAAAAAAGGAACCUGAAAGAGAAGAAGAAAAUGAAAGAGAAAGAGAAGGAGAAGGCAGGCCAGCAAACGUUUCCUCAGAAUCUCUAAAGAAAGGAAUCACAUUCAUUUAA